AUGCAAAACGGCACAGAAGACAAAAGCAAUAUUCCUGCUCGUAGUAAUGAUGAUGUAUUGCCGCCGUUAGCCGUCAGACUUACUAUGAAAGUAAUGCGAUUAAUUUUCAUCGGAAAAAUGUUUGCAUAUUCAUUUGUACCCUUUCCCCCAUUUAAACUUUUGACAUUUGAUAAUACUGUGGGCUGGUUCGUAGCAUAUUCAGCGAUCGUUUCUAUUUGGGGGUUUGCUGUGUGGAUGGAAAGAGGAUAUAGACAUAAGAUUAAUCUACUGCCUCCAAGAUGUACGAAGAUAAGAUGCUCUCGCUGCAAUACAAGAAUAAGAUCCCCCAAUUGGUUCAAAUAUAAGAAUUGGUUAUAUUUUUUCCUAUUAUACGUUUCUCUAACCACUUCUAACUUAAUAAUUCAACUGGCCUCUUUUAUGACAGAAAUGAGUCGUCGGGGUAUAAGCGUUCCUGGAACGAAGGAUCCAGGCAAGAGAGAUUAUUUAGGGCUUAUCAUACCAAUGCGAUUCAUUGGUGCAUUUAUCCAUUACAUGACGGCUAAUUUAUUCAAAGAGUAUUAUUUACAUAACGGCCCACUAGAAAAGAAUGAUAGACCUUCUACCGAUGAGAAGACAUCAGAGAAUGAAACGCUAUAG